AUGAUCGACGGCACACCCGUGUCGAUGAUGGCAGUCGAAAUUCACUCAACGAGACUUUUCGGCAUCGAAUCAGAUGCUAGCUUAGGAUCUUUAGGCUUGUACUGUCAAACGACCUGGUAUCGGCCCAAGUUUUAUGCUGAAAUAGAGACGUGUUUACCAACAGACUUGGUUUGUGAAGUCGUCCUGACAGACUGUACUAGGUUCUGGGAAGCUAAAGGACUCAAAGGAAAAGUAGCUUAUAGUUAUCCAUGGACUCUGUGUCAAAUCAGAGCCAAUAGUCACUAUGAGCUUGUGAAGGGCGAGAAGGCGCUAGCAAAUCAAAGCGAGAUGAACAAAUGUAGACAGCUAUCGUGGACAUAUGGAAAUCCAGUGAACAAUCGACCAUCGUCGAUUAUGUGGAGAGAGUUGAUGAAUAAUGCAACCAAACAGAUCAAUUUUGUAGAGUAUAAAUCGAUACCAGGAAGCAAAUGCAAAGUUCGAGGAAGAACUAAAGGAAAGAGAUUGUCGUUAUGCGAAAUGACAAACGCAUUAGCGAGAAUGUCUGCACAAGAACGGGAUAAGGAACUAUUGAGUCAGUUUGCAGUCGUAUUAAAUGAUAAGAAAAAGAAACUUAGGAACUGCUCAAAUUACUGGAAAGUCGAGGUAUGCAUACCAACAGAAGAUAUCACUGAGCCUUCAUCGAUAGUCAAUGAAGAAAUGUCUGAAGAACCAAAGACCACGAAAAGAAAGGCGGCACCCAAAC